GUGAAAGCGCGGAAUGGGAGCCGGAAACCGUGCCUUCGCUGAGUCCCUUCGCUUUGCUUUGCUUCAGGGCUUCUCAAAACUCUCGCGAUACCUGUGUUUUUUUUUAUAUCAGAUCUUAAGCUCUGCUUUCGAUUCUGUUCUUCUGGGUUAGAGUGGGUAUUGGAUUGAAGUUUCAGAUUAUUGGAGGUUUCUUUGUGGAGGAAGAGAGGAGAUUUGCGAUGGCGAAGGGUUCGCAAAGCCAGGCGUCGACGACUGCGUCGUCGGCUAGGGGCACUGCUACGGGUGGAGCGUUGCCCAGAUCGAGCUCUUCUGGAGCUCCUCCUAAGGGAACAGGAGGUUCGGGGUUGAGGAGGAGGCGGACCACGUCAACUGGUAGCGGUGGGGGAAGUGGCUCAUACAGGAGUGGGAACAGUAAUAUGUUGCGUUUCUAUACCGAUGACGCCCCUGGUUUGAAAAUCACUCCUACUGUUGUGCUUGUUAUGAGCCUGUGCUUCAUUGGCUUUGUGACCUGUCUUCAUGUGAUCGGGAAGUUGUACAACUACCGAUCAAAGGCCUAAGGUUUGAUCGUAUUGUUUCUGAGAUAGUCGUUGGGUCCAAUAGGUUUUUUCGUCAGACUUUGAUAGUUCAGAUAGAGUUAGUCCCCCGUUCAGGCCUUGGUUUUUUAGUUUUUUCCAGGGGAGAUCCACAUGCACGGCAUUCAGGGCCCAACAGAUGCCAAAUUGGAGCCUGCAGGUCUGUGAUGCAAUGCCGUAAAGAGUAUUUGAACAUACGGUGUUGGAAACGGAACGCCAGGAGAUACUGGGUAGAAAUCUCUUAGCCUGUUGGAUACUUGACAUGACUAAAGCGGUGUUGAAGGCAACUUCAAUCAUCAAGGCGUCAAUGUUGGCUCUGUGCAAUUCUGAAUUUUAGGAUUAUUGUUCUCAUUU